CUCGGGGAAAGAUGGCGGAGCCGGAGGAGAAGAAGUCGGUGUGCAGUUUUAUGUUUAAGAAGAGCAACCGGAAAUUCGCCGGCCGGAAACGGAGAGAGGAGGACCGGGAGAGCAGUGAAGAUGACGAGGGAGCUUCUGUGGUCAGGAGGAGGAAGAGAGAGGUCGUCAACCCCAUGGUGCAGAAGACAAAGCAAAGUGCCAAGGAGGAAGCUGACUACAAAGCGAGCAGUAGUGAGGAAGAGGAGGUCUCCAAAUCCGUAACGGUGUCCUAUAAAUCUACAAGAUCAGCGAAACCUGUGGGGCCUGAUGACAUGGGGGCCACAGCCACAUAUGAACUGGAUACAGAGAAGGACAAGGAUGCCCAGGCAAUAUUUGAGAGGAGCCAGAAAGUACAAGAGGAGCUAAAAGGAAAAGAAGAUGACAAGAUCUAUCGUGGAAUGCACAAUUACCAGAAGUUUGUAAAGCCUAAAGACACGUCACUUGGAAACGCUUCCUCUGGCAUGGUGAGGAAAGGUCCAAUCAGAGCUCCUGAACAUCUUCGAGCUACCGUGAGAUGGGACUAUCAGCCUGAUAUCUGUAAAGAUUACAAGGAGACUGGAUUUUGUGGGUUUGGAGACAGCUGUAAGUUUCUGCAUGACCGUUCAGAUUACAAACAUGGCUGGCAGCUGGAGCGAGAACUGGAAGAGGGCCGAUAUGGAGCUAAUGAUGAAGAGAAUUAUGAAGUGAGCAGCGAUGAUGAGGACUUUCCCUUUAAAUGUUUUAUAUGCAGAGACUCCUUUAAGAACCCGAUUAUAACCAAGUGUAAACACUAUUUCUGUGAGAGCUGUGCCCUGCAACAUUAUCGGAAAUCCAAGCGGUGCUAUGUGUGCAACACACAAACAAAUGGUGUUUUUAACCCUGCUAAAGAAUUGAUUGCGAAGAUGGAGAAGCACAAGGCUGAACACGAUGAAAGUGAUUCUCCUGAAGAAGAGGGAUAA